CUCAGUCCGGGCAGGGCGGCGAAAAAGGCUCUUCCAGAGCCGGGAUUGGCUCCGCCCUCUCGCUGUUGUUCUUUCCUGCUUCUUUUUCUCUGUGUUGUGUAGUGAAGGCUGAACACGCACAGACACACAUACUCACACUCUCUCUGUCGCUCAGGUUGCUGGUGCUGCAUUCCUUCCCUCCUACUUUUUAAAUGUCCCCUGAUGUUGUGUGGCGCGGGAGGGAAGGAGAGUGAGCAAUUCCAGCUCCCAAGGCUGCAUGGAAAAGGUGAAUCGGGGAGGUGGGCUUUGGAAAAGUGCUGUCUGGUAGUUCAAAGUUCACUAAGCAUCACCAACCAACCCCCCCCCCCAAAGUGCAGUAGAUUUUUUUUUUUUAAUGCAAGAUGGCGGCUCUGCAUUGAAGAGGAGGCAGAACCACAGAGGGAGAAAGGCAACCCGCAAACAGUGCGAGAGUGUCUUUCUCUGCCCUGGUUGCUGUGACAUAGAGGGUGCCACUCCUCCUGUCACCCGGAACAGGAUGGAUGUAAAGAAUUGGGAGUCUGAAGAGACUUUAAAACAAGUGUAGAGCUGCAGGACUUCCUGUUGCUCUGAAAGAAUACCUGAACUCAGUGGAAGGCUGUGGAUGCAGAUGUCAAGAAAUCGCUGCUCUUUUUUCUCCUUUGGACUGCAAAUUACUGUCUUGGGUAGUUGCACUAUGAAGACGCUGCUAACAGGAUAAGCAUUGAAAAGUCACCAUGCAUUGAAGUAGUACCAAAAGCCAUUACAGGAAAACAAGCACCCAGCAAGUCUGAAGUGGGAAGAUCAGCACUGAUUCCAUUGUGGUCUUUCCAUUUCAACAGAAUGGCAAGUAAGCGAAAAUCUACCACUCCCUGCAUGGUUCUGGCAAAUGAGCCAGAUGCAGACCUAGAAGCAGUGUCUGAUGCUGACGAAGGACCACCUGUGAUUACACCAGCAGGAAGUGUCUCAAGUGAUGAGGACUCCCGAGAAUAUGUGGACUCGGACAAUCAGCAAAAUAAAAAAGUCGAAGGUGGCUAUGAAUGCAAAUACUGCACAUUUCAGACUCCAGAUCUCAACAUGUUUACUUUCCAUGUGGAUUCUGAGCACCCCAAUGUGGUAUUAAGUUCCUCCUAUGUUUGUCUUGAAUGCAAGUUUGUUACCAAAAGAUAUGAUGCUCUUUCAGAGCAUAAUAUGAAGUACCACCCUGGAGAGGAGAGCUUUAAGCUGACCAUGGUGAAACGUAACAACCAGACAAUCUUUGAGCAAACAGUGAACGAUCUUACUUUUGAUGGGAGUUUUGUGCAAGAGGAGAAAGCUGAAGAACUGGAGGCUUCUGACAUCUCUUCGGGCAUCUCAAUUAGCAAAACCCCUAUUAUGAAAAUGAUGAAAAACAAGAAUGAAACAAAGCGAAUUGCUUUUCUCCACAAUGUGGCAGAGGAUGGUCCUGCAGAAGAGAAAGAUGUUGAAACUGAUCCAGAUUGUGAAGAAAUAAUAGAAAAACCUAUUUCUGUGGUUUCAGAAUCCAACACAAGCAAUAAGUUGCCUGUGGAAACAACUAGCACAGUUGUGAAUCCUACAACGGUAAUUCAGCCUACGCAAGUGAUAACCACCAUAGCGUCCCCACAGAGCACAAACUUAAUUUCUAAAGUCUUGAUUCCUAUCAGUAGCAUUCCAACCUACAACACUGCUUUGGAUAACAAUCCCCUCUUGCUUAACACCUACAACAAGUUUCCUUAUCCAACAGUGUCAGAAAUUUCACUUCUUGCAAAUCAAGCUAAAUAUACUGAGGAACAGAUUAAAAUCUGGUUCUCUGCCCAGCGUCUGAAGCAUGGGGUCAGCUGGACACCAGAGGAAGUAGAAGAGGCAAGGAGAAAGCAGUUUAAUGGCACUGUACAUACUGUCCCUCAGACAAUUACGGUUAUUCCGGCACACAUUUCGGCAGCCAGCAAUGGUCUGCCUUCCAUUCUGCAGACGUGCCAAAUAGUUGGUCAGCCUGGUCUCGUUCUUACACAGGUUGCAGGCACUGGCACGCUCCCAGUGACAGCUCCGAUAGCUCUGACAGUGGCAGGAGUCCCAAAUCAAGCCCAGCUGCAGAAAGCGCAGAUCCAGGCCACUCAGCCUGUUACCGAAACCAAGCAAGUAGCUGCCGUUCCAACCCCUCAGCUUACCAAACCAGAAGUGGUGGUUGCAAAUGCUGACACGGUGGGGGUCCGUGCAAAGAAGACAAAGGAGCAGCUGACAGAACUGAAAAUCAGCUACCUUAAAAAUCACUUCCCUCAUGAUUUGGAGAUAGUCAGACUCAUGAAAGCAACAGGCCUGACUAAAGGGGAGAUCAAAAAGUGGUUCAGUGACACAAGGUACAACCAGAGGAACUCAAAGCAUAACCAUUAUAAUCAUCUCAGCAACGAUUCCUGCACUAUCAUCAUUGAUUCAAGCGAUGAAACGAACGAACCCUCAACACUGGUCCAGCUGCAGCAGAAACCAUCAUUGAAUGCCUCAGAGCUCAGCCCUCAGAAAUUCAAAGAAAAGACUGCUGAACAACUGCAGGUUCUCCAGGAUAGUUUUCACAACAAUCCUGUCCUUACAGAGGAUGAACUGAAUAGGGUAAAGUCAGAAACCAAGCUGACCAGGCGUGAGAUUGAUGCUUGGUUUGAAGGGCAAAAGAAAUGCAGUGCUCUGCAGGAUGAAGGAGAGGAAUUAAAUGAAAGUAAUACAAGCAGCUCAAAGGAAGCAUCUGCAGAGACAUCUGGUGGGGAAGGAGCCGGAGCACAGAAGUCAGGAAAGCAAUCUAAAAAGUCGCCAGAACAGCUACAUGUGCUUAAAACAUCAUUUGUCCGGACUCAGUGGCCGUCAUCAGAAGAAUAUGACAAGUUGGCAGAAGAAACCGGGCUUCCUCGACCAGAGAUUGUUAGUUGGUUUGGAGAUACUCGUUACGCCUGGAAAAAUGGCGGCUUGAAAUGGUACUACAACUAUCAAGGGACCAACGCAAAUAGUUUGAACGGUCAAGGCCAUUCCAGAAGGAGGGGAAGAGGAAGGCCAAAGGUGAGAGGACGAGGAAGGCCUCGCGGGCGACCGAGGGCAAAUAAAAGGAUCAAACACUGGGACAAAACACCAGUGAUCAAAUUUAAAACUGGAAAAGCAAUCCUUAAGGAUUAUUACCUGAAACACAAAUUCCUUAAUGAACAAGACCUCGACGAGCUGGUUGCCAAAUCGCACAUGGGAUACGAGCAGGUCCGAGAGUGGUUUGGGGAUAGGCAGAGAAGAGCUGACCUGGGUCUUGAGUUGUUUGAGGAGGAGGAGGAGGAGGAGGAAGAGGAGGAGCUGCUGGAUUACCAGGAGGAUGAAGAAGAUGAAGAAGAAGAUGAAGAAGAAGAAUCGGAUGACAGUGACAAUUGGGAACCUCCUCGACAUGUUAGGCGUAAACUCUCAAAAUCAGACUGACAUCUCAGUGUUCCUAACUCCUGCUAAAAAAAGAAAGCGUAAAAGCACAACGUUGUGAGGCCGCAACCAGCACUGUGACGAGACAAGCCACAGGACUCCCUGUUACGUUAUGCCUUUCAAAGUGGCUUUCUUCCCAACUUCUGGAAAACACAAGUACAAUAAUUGUUCGUUCUCCAUUGGAGAGAUGUGUGUGAUACAGGGUGAAAUAAUUGCACAAAGAGUGCCACAAGGGAUCCAGCAUCCCAGAUUUACUUCAGUGAAGCCCCUGAGACUUUAUUCUUACGAUGUCCUAAUCUGCAGUUGCGUUACUACAUUGCAAUGUAUUUGAACCAUGAGACUGGUGCUUCUGUAACUGCCAGUAAAGAUUUGAGGUCAGCAUGUAGCAAGUUACAAAAUCUGCUCCUGGUGUAUUAUAAUUGCACAUGACCAAUGCUAUUAGGCUCCUUCUAGAAGUGAAGAUGCUUUGCUUGACUGGUGCACAGCAGCUUACAGUUUUCUUCCUUUCCAGCUGCCCAGAGUGGUGAAGGGAAAGCAGUUCAGGGAGAAGGGCAGGCAGGGUGGGGGGAGGAAUAGGAGUCCAAGAGCUCUGGCUUAUGCUGAAUGGGGCAUGCCUGAUCUUUCGUGAAAGCAAGGAAAGAAUUGGAUGCAUACACAACCCCAGGAUUGGAAUACACCACAAGGAUUGGACUGACCGUGUUGUGCCAAAGUUAAAAGCGCCUGCAGCUGGCAGAAGUUCUGCAUUGUAAAUAAGACUGAUUAAAUUACACCUUGUUAAAAAUCAGAUUUUAAUACAGAACAUUUUUAUUCUGCUACAUGAUGGGAACUUUCUCUUUAAUGAACAUUAUUCAAAAGGGGACUCGAUGACCACUAGAUUAUUGUCUGGCUUGUUCUAUGUUCCUAGUAUAAAGAUGGGCUUCAUUGCCUGUGUUCUUUGAUAUGUGAUUUAAGCUUAUAGCUUUGAGUGACCAAACAUUUUACAGAGUAAAAGUUCUUAGAAACAAGUAAACAUAACUGAUAUUUGUGUCUUAUUUAACAGGAUUUGCACACGGGUUUUAGAUGUAUUUGUUCAACUCUUUUAAAGAAAAAUACAUCUGGAAAUUCAGUGUACUUCUAAAAUAUCAUGCAAAAGUUUUGUGGCACUAGAUGCUGUAGUUAUGGAUUUUCUUUAAAGCAGCUGCUACUGCUUUAACAUUUGUAAUAUUUCAGUGAAAUAUUGAGCACACAGCUGAAGAAAACAGUUGGGAUUUGAGCAGGGCGGUGGGGAAGGAAGAGGCAUAGAUGCUGUUGGGAGGGGUGUCAACAGCAGCCGCUGAACUAAAUAAAGAUAUACCAAAAAUGUUGACAAACAAAAUAAUAAAUAUCUGCUUGUUGGU